CAAUUCUUCUCAAAUCUUGUUUUUUCUUUUUAUACAUUUCCCCAAAUUUUCCCUGGUUAUCUCUUUCUUUUCUUUGAAGAAUCUCUCGAUCGACUCUUAGAAGUAUUGCAAAAACGGAAAAUCCGGAUAUAUUCUUAGAUCACGAUCUUGAUUACAGUUUCCUUUUGAAGCUUGAUUCCGCCUGAAACCGACCGAUCUUGGUUGGGUUUCUCGCUCCUCGUCGAGUGAUCUUGGUUAAUGUUUUUUUGGAAGAUACGUAGAAGCUUGAGUUUGCAGUGAAACUGGUAAGUUCUCUGCCUAUAAUGCUAAAGUUUCUCGUUCGUUGGUAUCUGUUAAAUUUAUCGCAGGCUUUGUUUUCGUGAAUUUUCUGUCUUUGAGGAUGGAGUCAAACAAGGACAUACACAUCUGAUGUGAGAUUCUAUCUUCAUUUAAGAAAAUGACAUCGAUGAUGUUCUGUGGUUUUGAAAUAAGGAUACCUUUUUACAAGAACAAAGAUUCCUUUUGUUUUUUUAAGAAGAUUUCAAAGCCGUUUGUUUAUUGUGUGUGGUUUGAUCAAACCCAAGAGAUUAGGUAGACAUUCUUCUAAUGUCCUAUGGAUUCUUGUGGUUUUGAAAACAGGAUACCUUUUUACAAGAACAAAAACUCCUCUUUUUAAGAAGGUUUCAAAGCCUUCAGUUUUUUUUUUGGUUUGGUCAAACUCAAGUGAUUAUGUACACUUUUGGUUUUGUUUGGAAACGUUUUUUUGUUUUUCCUUUAAACCCCAAAAAAGAUCAUAAGCAGACACUAAUCUAAUAGUGUUCUGUGAGAUUCUUAUUUGGGAACAUUGUCCCGUAUGGGUUGGUACUUGGUGGUGCAUGCAUAAGAAAGACUGUCUCUAGACAAAGACUGAGGAUAACGAGGGAUUACGAAAGUCUUAAGGCAAAAAGACUGAGGAUAACGAGGGAUUAUGAAAGUCUUAAGGCAAAAGACUGAGGAUAACGAGGGAUUACGAAAGUCUUAAGGCAAAAGACUGAGGAUAACGAGGGAUUACGAAAGUCUUAAGGCAAAAGACUGAGGAUAACGAGGGAUUACGAAAGUCUUAAGGCAGAGACUCUGGAUUGAAAACAGAUGCCUCUCUUUACUACAACCCACGGCUUAAAAGUCUCUAGACAAAAGACUAAGGGCAAAGAAAGACUAAGUUAACGAGGGAUUAAGAAAGUCUUUAAGGCAAAUGAAGAAUGUAUAACGAUGGAUAUAUGGGUUGGUUGGUGCAUGUAAGAGGAAGAAUGGAUUGAAAAACUUAUAAGUCUCUGGCAAAGACUGAACUGGAAGAUAACGAGGGAUUAAGAACUGAAAAACAGAUGCGUCACUUUACUAAUCACCCACGGCUUAAAAGUCUCUAGACAAAAGACUAUGGAUUGGAUAGAUAACAAGGAAUUAAGAAAGUCACAAGGGGCUAUGAACUGAAACGGAUGCCUCAGUUUACUAUCGACGGCUUAAAAAUCUCUAAACAAAGACACUACGAAUUGAACAACGAUGGAUUACGACAGUCUUGAGGCAAAAGACUGAGGAUAAUGAGGGAUUACGAAAGUCUUAUUAAGGCAAAAGACUCUGCAUUGAAACAGAUGCCCCGCUUUACUAAUCACCCACGGCUUAAAAAAAAGUCUCUAAACAAAAGACUAUGGAUUGGAUAGAUAACAAGGAAUUAAGAAAGUCACAAGGGGCUAUUAAUUGAAACGGAGGCCUCAGUUUACUAUCGACGGCUUAAAAAUCUCUAAACAAAGACACUACGAAUUGAACAACGAAAGUCUUAAGGCAAAAGACUGAGGAUAACGAGGGAUUACGAAAGUAUUAAGGCAAAAGACUUUACUUAUCACCCACGGCUUAUAAAAGUCUCUAAGUUGGAUAGAUAACAAGGAAUUAAGAAAGUUACGAGGGACUAUGAAUUGAAACGGAUGCCUCAGUUUACUAUCGACGGCUUAAAAACCUCUAAACAGAUGCCUCAGUUUACUAUCGACGGCUUAAAAAUCUCUAAACAGAUGCCUUAGUUAAAAUAUUCAUGGUCAAGAGUCUUUAGACAAAGACUUAAAAGGCCAAAAAAAAAGACUCUGAACUGGAACUUAACGAGGGAUUAAGAAAGUCUGAAGACAAAGACUAUUAAUUACAAUCAGAUGCCUCACUUUACUACCUACGGCUUAAAAGUCUACUUAGGCAAAGACCAUGAAUUGGAAGAUAACGAAGGGAUUAAGAAGAUAACAGAUUCCCCACUCCACGGCUUACAAAAACUGUAAAGGCAAAGACAAAUUUUUUUGACAAAGACAAUGGGGCAUGAUAGAUGGAAAGAAAAUGACCCGCAAGGCUUAAAAGUCGACAAAGACAGAACAGAGAACUAUGUCUAUGCGAUAACCACAAGGCUGAAAUGUAGAAGAAGACUAUGAGUUUUGAUGGAUAGAACCACCAAUGGCGCUGAAAAGACAAAGACUAUGAUGGAUCAUUUUAGACUUGUCAGAUGGUCAAAACAACCAACGAUUUGCUGCACGGCUUAAAAACCUCUAAACAGAUGCCUCAGUUUAGUACAACCCACGGCUUAAAAAUCUCUAAACAGAUGCCUUAGUUAAAUAUUCAUGGUCAAGAGUCUUUAGACAAAGACUUAAAGGCCAAACAAAAAAGACUAUGAACUGGAAGAUAACGAGGGAUUACGACAGUUUAAGGCAAAGACUAUUAAUUGAAAACAGCCUCCCCCUUUACUACACACAAAGAUUGAACUGGGAGAUGACGAGGGAUUGUCUCAGUUCAAAGACACUAUGAAUUGGAAGAUACUUACAAAAACUCUAAAGGCGAAACAAAUUGGUUGGUUUCACACAGGUAUGAAUUACAAUCAGAUGCCUCACUUUACUACCUACGGCUUGAAAGUCUUUAGACUAUGAAUUGGAAGAUACCAAAGGGAUUAAGAAGGUCUUAAGGCAAAGACUUUGGAUUGAAAACAGAUCCCCCACUUCCACUAUCCACUGCUUACAAAAACUCUAAAGGCAGAGACAAGUUUUUUUGACAAAGACAAUGGGGCAUGAUGGAUGGAAAGAAAAUGACCCGCAAGGCUUAAAGGUCGACAAAGACAGAACUGAGAACUAUGUCUAUGCAAUAACCACAAGGCUUAAAAGUAGAAGAAGGCUAUGAGUUUGGAUGGAUAGAACCACCAAUGGCGCUGAAAAAAAAAAGACUAUGAUGGAUCAUUUUAGACUUGUUAGAUGGUAAAAACAACCAACGAUUUGCUGCUGUAUGGAAAAAAUAAUUCGUAAGGCCAAGACUCUUGACCAAGAUCACGGCUUAUAGGUCUCUAGACAAAGACUAUGGAUCAAUUCAGACCUGUAAAAACAACUAACGAUUUGGUGGAUGGGAAAGAAAAUGACUAAUGGCUUAAAGAAGACCAACCAAUCGUUUCGGUUUAUGUUUCAGACUCUGCCGAGAUUUCAAGUAUUGCAGAGUUCCGUGACAGGUCAGGUGCUUAAAUAAGCAUCCAAAAUAUGAGGAGAUUCAUAAGUGUUCUUAGCUUAUUUCUGUAACAGCUUGAUCUAUAAAGACUAAUGUUGAUUUUCUCAUGUAUGUGUUUUUGUCAUGGACACCAAAGAAAUUUCGAAGUGUCAGCAAAGUUUUGUGAUCAGGUAUUUGAUAUACUAGCCUUUUCUUGAUACAUUGAUAUUAGCACAUAGAAAAGAAAACAAAAACUAAGGGAAACUAAAAAAUUCAGUUUUAACUUCUAAGUGUCGUUUAUAAUUAUAAAAAACUAUGUCUUAUGUAGCUGUCUUUACAAUAUGAUUAUCAUCUUUGAUAUAAUGGGAUUGUAUUGCUAAUAUCCAUUGAUAGAAGAGUUGAUUCUACAUUUGGUAUUGGUACGUUACAUUUUUGUGAAAUGUAUAUAUCGGAGGGUCUCUAUAGAUAUUUUUGAAUGUAUAAGAGAUUCUUGCGGAUUAUGAUAGUAGUUUCUUUGAAGAAUGUAUAUAUAUAUCUCUCUCUUUGACUAGAAAAUACUUAUUAUCUCUGUUUUGAUGUUUGUAUUCUUUUCAUGAAAUGUCUUGAAGUCUUGUAGAUAUUUAUUUUAAUGGAAGAGAGACUCUUGCAGAUUAUGGUAGUAGCUUCUUUGAACCUAGAAUGUAUAUAUUUAUCUCUCGUUGACUAGAAAGUUCUCUGUUUUGAUGUUAUAUUUUAGAGUCUCUUGCAUGAUAAAAGUUUCCUUGAAUCUUUAAUGUAUCUGUUUUUAUGUUUGUAUUGUGUUAGUUGUUAUAAAUUGUACAUGUUGAUUGAGUGGUUUACAAUACAAUGAUUGUAAAUAUCUCUCUCUGUUAUGGUUACUUAUGUUUUUCGUCACUUGCUCUCUUCGGCUUAACAGAGUUGAUGGAGCUUAGAAAUCUAUUAACUUAGUGGUGUAUUUAUUUAAAAUGUGAAAUGGAUAUUUCUAUGUUUGAUAGCACAUAUCUAAAUUUCAAUAUUACCAUCUCCAUUUCUUAGACUCUUUAGUGGAGAGAGUUAAAAACUUUUCAGUAUAUCUAUAUCUUGCACCUUUCAAGAAAAACAUUUUCAUUGUUGUUUGUUUGUUUAAAAUGGACAGUUUGAGUUUUGAUGUUACUUUUGUUGGUAACAUUGUUUGUUGUAUACUUUUGUUUUGUGUUAGAUUAUGAAAUAUGUGACAGUUCUGCAUUUUGGUUACUUAAUUCGGCCAUCUGUUGGUCAUUCUUUGUUAAGACUGAUUGUGAUAUUUUCCUUUCCUUAGUAUGGUCGGAUGAUAACCAUCUUGUUUUAUUUGCAUCCUAAUUCUUGGAAUAGUUGGUAAAUUGAUUGAAAUAUUUCAAGAAUAUUCUUCUUAUAUGUUUUAUCCUAAUUUAUAAUUUAUUUCAAAUUUAGAAUUCAUCUAUAUAUGAUUGAAAUAUUUUAAGAAUAUUAUUCUUAUAUGUUUGUUUGUUUAAAAUAAUCAAUCUAAACUUAUAUGUUAGUUUUGUUGAUAAAACAUUGUUUUCCGUAGAUGAUGAUGAUUGAUGAGAUAUGUCAAAUGAAUACAGAUGCAUUUUGUUUGCAUUAGUUGAUUUUUUUUUAGGAUAUUAUUUUUAUAUGUUUAUCAUAAUUAGUUUAUACCUGGUUCAGAGUUCAUCUAAAUCUUGAAUGUUUCAAACGCUAAUUUCAUUGUUCUAUACUUUGCACUUAUGAUUGAAUUACUAUUAACUGUACAUUCUAAACCACAUUUUGAUUGUAAGUUGUUGUAUCGUUAUUGUUUUUUCGAUUUAUUCGUUGUUUUUAGGUGAAUAGGUAAUGCUGUUUUACAACACUAUACAUAAUACAUUUGUGAAACAUAACUAUACAAACUGAAUUUGUACUUAAGAGAAUAUAUAUAGGCUGCUGGUAGAUAGUUUGUUUGUGUUACGAUGGAGAUACACGACAAAUUGGCCCAUGAACUUUUGCGGUGAAAAUGGGUAACACGACAAUACGAGAGCUAUAUAUAUAUGCGAAUCCAAAUUCUAUAUUAUUAUUGUAAAUCAUGGCACCCAAUUAAUUGGAAACUGUGUUCUCGGUUUUAAAAUCUAGGUUUCUCUAGGUUCAUUUCUCCUUUUAAUCAUUUUAAAAGUGCCGUAAUUUAUUUUUUUUGUAAUAUGUUUGUUACACAUGGCGUUGAAAAUUGGUUCUUAAAUAUGUCUGGUUAACUGGUUAAUAAGCUCGAUUAAUGUCAUUAACUGUUGGUGGUUGAUCCCUAAUCACCUUCGAUUAUGUGCUGAUUUGAGAGAUCAAAAAGACAAAAACUAAGUAGUUUGUGUGCGUUUCUGCACCUAUUACAAUCACAUUAACACGUAAACUAACAGUGUCUAAGAGAUGACUUGGUUGCAUGAAAUUAGAAAAUGUGAUAAAUGGAAACAUGAAAACAAUUUAUUUGUUAGUUUAUUAAAAAGUAAACACGUUGAUCCCUUCAAAACUCUUGAGUCUUGAUGAACUCAAAUGUCUACCAGAGAGUUCCAAACUCACUAUGACGAAUGAUUUUUUUAUUGAACCCUUUUCACUAGAUAUCAAAUUGGAUCUUAGAUCGAUUUCGGCUAAGAUUCGUAACAAUAACUCUUAUCUUCCGUCUAGAAAUAUGUUUUCCGCAUAGUCAAGUUGAAUCUUUAUAACUUGAACGUUAAAAAGUAAUCUCAAGGACAAACUUUUUGUCUUUUUUCUUAAGUUCUUAGUAGUAACUGUUUUGACUAUAAUCAUGCUGCAAGAGUAGGGUUCAUAGGAUGAGACGAGGAAGACAUGUCCAGGUAGAACAUCUAUCUUGAAUGUGACAUAGGUUUGCUCCCUCGCGGUUUUGUUUCUCACAUUCAUCUAUUUUCAAGCAAUAAAGUUUCUCACCUAAUAAUUUUUUUUUUGAAGAUGAAGAGUUUAUGGAAAAGAACGAAACGAUAAGAUAAUAACAGAAGAAUUUACAUGUCUUUAGAUAAUCAUCAUUACCAUCAAUUCACGAGAUAUUGAUUUGCAUUUCAGAAAAUAAUUACUGUGGCAUAAUCAUUCUAGAUCAUGUCUGUAGUAUCACAUCGUCAAUAAACAAAUUUUGAAUAAGAAAAAAAAUAUAUUGCCUAUCUAUAAAAGACAUUUUUUGAACUGUAAUUUUUUUACAUAUCACUAUCUUUUCCAAUCAUUUUACAAUUUUAGCCAUUUUCUCUUGAGCAGCAAUGACAUCUUCUCAAAGGGCAAUCUGGUAAAUUACAGUAUGAGUUGGUACACCAUUGGAUAAAAGAGCCUUGACUUUUGUUGGUAAAAUGUAUUAGAAAUAGAAAUUAUAUUGAAAAUCUCUGCAGCAUAAAAACAAAACUGAAAAUUCCACUUUUGCUCUUCCUCCCUACAACUACAACAAAGAGGAGAGAGACAGAGUACGAUCACUGAAGAAAAUCAAGCGUCCAUCAGUACAAAAGUAGCUGUUACCGGUCACCGGCAAAACCAGUUAUUAAACUCCUCACGUUCCUCCCGUUAAACCGCCAUGUCAGUCGCCGGUUACCCGGGAAACCUCAACCCAUCAGCGCCGGAGUUCUUACCGGCUAACCUACACCCGACUCCCUUCUUUGUUCCGACCAGAAUCUACCUCCCUCUUCCUCCUCCUCCACCACCGUCUUUCCUUCGUUUUCCCCCUAACUUCGCCGGAACUUUUCCUUCUCCCUCUCCUCCUCCUCAUCUUCCCCCGCCAUCUUUAACCCCGACAAGAGCCUUGGUGCUGUUUCCGGUGCCCGCCGACGUCAGUGAAUCAUCUAUCCGGCGAGACCUGGAGGUGUUCGGUGAGGUGCGUGGAGUCCAAAUGGAGAGAGCAGAUGAAGGAAUCGUGACCGUCCAUUUCUACAAUCUGAGACACUCAGAAAGAGCACUGAGGGAGAUACGCGAGCGCCACAUGCAUCAAGAACAGGUCCGUUUUGGUCAUGGUUACACGGCGGCGCGUGGACUCGUCUCCGGACGAAUCGUGUGUGUUCAUUUCGUGUUUCCGCAACUCACGGCGGUUCCCGAAGGGAGCAAUCAAGGGUCGCUAGUGAUUAUGAAUUUGGUACCCACCGUCUCUUGCACAACUCUCCGUCGCAUUUUCCAGGUUUAUGGGGAAGUGAAGGAGGUGAGAGAGACGCCGUUCAAGAGAGAACAGAGAUUCGUUGAGUAUUUCGACGUGAGAGACGCCGCAUUAGCUCUCCAUGAGAUGAACGGAAAAGAUAUCGCCGGGAAACAAAUCAUAAUCCAAUUUAGCCGUCCCGGUGGUUGUAACAGAAAGCACUUCUUCUCUUCACGUUUCAAUAAAAGCUCCCUCUUCAACCACCACCAUCACCCACCACCGCCUUCACCGCCGCACUGUCAUCGCCGGAUAGCUUAUCCGACUGGUCAGUUCGCAAGAAGAGAACCGGUAAAGGUGAAGUCUUUCAACCUGAAUCAUCAACGAUACGAGCAACAACAGAAGAACAUUAACAAUGUGAAACGGUAUAGUAAGAAGAAACCUAGCGAUGAUGAUGGUUACUUCACCAUAAACGAAGACGCCAUUUUCGCCGCCGAGUCUAGGGACGACCGUACCACCGUGAUGAUCAAAAACAUCCCAAACAAGUACACGCAGAAGCUGUUUUUGAAUAUGCUUGACACACAUUGUAAUGACUGUAACCAAAAGAUAAUCAGCGAAGGGAAGAACACGCCUAUGUCGUCAUAUGAUUUCGUCUACCUUCCUAUCGAUUUCAGCAACCAAUGCAAUGUGGGAUAUGGGUUUGUGAACAUGACAACUCCUGAAGCACUGUGGAGGCUUUACAAAGCCUUUCACCAUCAACAAUGGGGAGCCUUCAGAUCUAAAAAGAUUUGUGAGGUCACUUAUGCUCGACUCCAGGGAGUUGAGUCGUUGAAGGAACACUUCAAGAACUCGAGGCUGCCUGGAGUGGAAAUGGAGAAGUGCAUGCCGGUUAUGUUCUCGCCGCCGCGUGACGGGCUGUUGCUGACGGAGCCAACCUCUGUUGUUGUUGCCUUUAGGGAUAAACCAGUGGAAGAUAGCUGUCACUCUCGAGAUGAAACCGACAUAUCUUGUUCGUCUUUCCGACAAGAAGAUUGAUGGAAGUGAUGGUUGUUUGUUUCGGUGAGAGAAUCGAAAACGGCGGCGUUUUGAGAUGACGAAAGCAAAACAGUAGUGAAUUAAUGAUGGUUUCGGCUUUUACGCGGCGAUCUAUAUAAAUAUAGCUCAGCUGUAAGCCUGUAACCAUGUCUUUUCAUCUUCUCUGUCAUCACUCUUCAUUUUUUUUUUUUUUUUUGUUAAACAUUUUUCUUAUUUUCUUUUGGGUUUGUUUGGAUGUUUUAUGUAUAAAUAAACACUCUUUAUUUUCCUUUUUUCU